CAUCAACAACAACAAUGGCGGAUCUAAAAGAAGGAGGGAUCGUGAAGAAAGGCCAUGAAGAAGGUCUGAAAAUGGCGGUCUCCAUCCUGGAAGAGUAUGGUCUCCCAUUGGGUCUUCUACCUCUUGCUGACGUCAUCGAAGUAGGGUUUGUGAAAAGCAGUGGUUACAUGUGGAUUCUGCAAACCAAAAAAGUGGAACACAAUUUCAAGAUGAUCAAGAAACUUGUGAGUUAUGAUGCUGAGAUCACGGGGUAUGUGGAGAAGAAGAGGAUCAAGAAAUUGAAGGGGGUGAAAGCUAAAGAAUUGAUGUUGUGGCCGCCGGUAAAUGACAUCAGCGUCGAUGAUCCACCCACCGGAAAGAUUCAGUUCAAGAGUCUGGCGGGUAUUACAAAGACUUUCCCGGAGGGAGCAUUCGCCGCCGGCCAGUAG